CAUUCGGAGAGAAAAAUUCUGCUUCUAAACAGAGAUGAGCUUGCUGUGAAGUGCCAACGUAAACUAAAAUCUAAUCUGAAGAAUAAGUUUCAGUGUGUGUUUGUGGGCAUAGCUAAACAAGGAAACCCAACACUUCUCAAUAAGAUCUACACUGAGCUCUACAUCACAGAAGGUGGAAGUGGAGAGGUCAAUAAUGAACAUGAAGUGAGACAGAUAGAGGCCGCAUUCAGGAGACCAGCAACACAAGAGAUAUCAAUCAAAUGCAAUGACAUCUUCAAACCCUUACCUGGACAAGACAAACCUAUCAGAACAGUGCUGACAAAGGGAAUCGCUGGCAUUGGAAAAACAGUCUCUGUGCAGAAGUUCAUUAUGGACUGGGCUGAAGGAAAAGCAAAUCAGGAUGUCCAAUUCAUAUUUCCAUUUUCUUCUCGGGAGCUUUAUUUAAUGAAAUACAAGAAACACAGUUUGCUAGAACUUCUUCAUCACUUUUUUGUGGAAACCAAAGAAUCAGGAAUCUCAAACUAUGAAAGCUACAAAAUUCUGUUUGUCUUUGAUGGACUGGAUGAGUUCCAACUUCCCCUGGACUUCCAGAACAAUGAAAGCUGGUGUGACAUCACAGAGUCAACCUCAGUGGAUGUGCUGCUGACAAACCUCAUCAAGGGGAAUCUGCUUCCCUCUGCUCUCCUCUGGAUAACCUCUCGACCUGCAGCAGCCAAUCAGAUCCCUCCUGAGUGUGUUGACCAGGUGACAGAGGUACGAGGGUUCAAUGACCCACAGAAGGAAGAGUUCUUCAGGAAGAGAAUCAGUGAUGAGAAUAUGGCCAGUAGAAUCAUUUCACAUAUAAAAUCAUCAAGGAGCCUCUACAUCAUGUGCCACAUACCAGUCUUCUGUUGGAUUUCUGGUACAGUUCUUGAGCACAUGUUGAAAACAGGAAAGAGAGGGGAGAUGCCAAAGACUUUGACUGAGAUGUACACACUCUUGCUGGUAGUCCUGAUGAUUGAGAAAUGUCAUAGGAACGAUGAGACACAGCCACACUGGAAUGAAGAGAGCAUUCUGUCAUUGGGAAAGCUGGCAUUUCAACAGCUGGAAAAAGGAAAUCUGAUUUUCUAUGAGGAACACCUGCGAGAGUGUGGCGUUGACGUCAGCGAGGAGUCUGUGUACUCUGGAGUGUGCACACAGAUCUUUAAAGAAGAGAGUGGGCUGUACCAGCAGAAGGUGUACUGCUUUGUGCAUCUGAGCAUUCAGGAGUUUCUGGCUGCUGUAUACGUGUUUCUCACAUUCAAUAACAGUGGUGUGAAUCUUAUGGUUCAACCCGAAUCAACCUCUGAAGUACUUAUGCCAUUCAAAAACAAUCCUACAUUUUGCCUCAAUGUAAGUGCAGUGGAGAUGGCUUUACAGAGUGAGAAUGGACACCUGGACCUGUUCCUCCGUUUUCUUCUCGGCCUCACACUGGAGUCCAAUCAUACUCUCCUACGAGGCCUACUGACACAGACGAAAAUCAGCUCACAAACCAAUGCUGAAACAGUCAAGUACAUCAAGUGGAAGAUUAGGGAGAAUCUCUCUCCAGGAAGGUGUAUCAAUCUGUUCCACUGUUUGAAUGAACUCAAUGACCAUUCUCUAGUGGAGGAGAUCCAAAGCUACCUGAGCUCAGGCAGUGUCUCCAGAGAAGAACUGUCUCCUGAACAGUGGUCCGCUCUGGUCUUUGUGUUGCUUACAUCAGAAAAGGAGCUGGAUGUGUUUGACUUGAGAAAAUACUCCAGGUCAGAUGAAGGUCUUUUGAGGCUGUUGCCAGUGGUCAAAGCCUCCAGAACAGCUCAGUUGGAAAGUUGUGACCUCACAGAGAAAUGCUGUAAAGCUUUGGCAUCCGCUUUAAACUCCUCACACCUGAGAGAGCUGGACCUGAGCUGCAAUCCUCUAAAAGACUCAGGAGUAAAGCUGCUCUCUGAUGGACUAGGGAGUCCACACUGUAAACUGGAGAAACUGAGGCUGUCAGACUGUAAAGUCAGAAAGGAAGGCUGUGCUUCUCUGGCCUCUGCUCUGAUGUUAAAGCCCUCACAUCUGAGAGAGCUGGACCUGAGUAACAACCCCUUAGAAGACUCAGGAGUGAAGCUGCUCUCUGAUGCACUGGGGAGUCCACACUGUAAACUGGAGACACUUAGGCUGUCAAGCUGUGAAGUCAGAGAGGAAGGCUGUGCUUCUCUGGUCUCUGCUCUGAGGUUACACCCGUCACACCUGAAAAAGCUGGACCUGCAUGGCAAUGACCUAGAAGACUCAGGAGUGAAGCUGCUCUCUGAUGGAUUGGGGAGUUCACACUGUAAACUGGAGACACUGAGGCUGUCAGGCUGUAAAGUCAGAGAGAAAGGCUGUGCUGCUCUGGCCUCUGCUCUGAUGUUAACCCCCUCAGCCCUGAGAGAGCUGGAGCUGAACUUCAAUCACCUAGAAGACUCAGGAGUGAAGCUGCUCUCUGAUGCACUGGGGAGUCCACACUGUAAACUGGAGACACUGAGGCUGUCAUGCUGUGGAGUCCGAAGGGAAGGCUGUGCUUCUCUGGCCUCAGCUCUGAUGUUAAACCCCUCAGCCCUGAGAGAGCUGGACCUGAGCCACAAUGAACUAGAAGACUCAGGACUGAAGCUGCUCUCUGAUGGACUGGGGAGUCCACACUGUAAACUGGAUACACUGAGGCUACGAUGGUGUGGAGUCAGAGACGAAGGCUGUUCUUCUCUGGCCUCUGCUCUGAUGUUAAACCACUCACACCUGAGAGAGCUGGACCUGAGUGUCAAUGACCUAGAAGACUCCGGACUGAAGCUGCUCUCUGAUGGACUGGGGAGUCCACACUGUAAACUGGAGACACUGAGGCUUUCAUCAUGUAAAAUCGGAGAUAAAGGCUAUGCUUCUCUGGCCUCUGCUCUAAUCUUAAACCCCUCAUACCUGAGAGAGCUGGACCUGAGUUGGAAUGACCUGCAUUAUUCAGCAGUGAAGCUGCUCUCUGAUCAACUGGCCGAUCCUCUCUGGAGACUGGAGAAACUGAACUUUUUCUGCCAUACACAUACGGUGUCUAGUGAUGAGAAUGAAGACUACGUACACAACAUGACACAACAAAAAUGCAUGUGAGCUCACACUGAACCCAAACACAGCACACAGAGACCCCUCUCUGUCUGAGAGGAUCAAAAGGGUGACACGGUUAUUGGUGAAGCAGCUGUGUCCUGAUCACCCAGAGAGAUUCAGGGACUGCCCCCAGGUGCUACGUAGAGAGGGUCUGACUGGGCAAUGUUACUGGGAGACAGAGUGGAGUGGAAAAGCUUAUAUAGGAGUGGCAUAUAGAGGAAUAAACAAACAUGGAGUGGCUAA